UUGUUUGUUGGUAGGGUUUGUUGUUUAGGAAUUCGUGCGAAACAGGUGAAUCCGAUUCAGAUGGCCGCUCCACCCGCCAGAGCUCGAGCGGAUUAUGAUUAUCUCAUCAAGCUUCUCUUGAUCGGUGAUAGCGGUGUGGGUAAGAGUUGCCUUCUUUUACGUUUUUCCGAUGGUUCUUUCACCACCAGUUUUAUUACUACCAUUGGGAUUGAUUUCAAGAUAAGAACUAUUGAGCUUGAUGGGAAAAGAAUCAAACUGCAAAUAUGGGAUACUGCAGGACAGGAGCGAUUCAGAACUAUCACAACUGCGUACUACCGUGGAGCAAUGGGUAUAUUGUUGGUUUAUGAUGUCACGGAUGAGUCAUCUUUUAACAACAUCAGGAAUUGGAUCAGAAACAUCGAACAACAUGCUUCUGACAAUGUCAACAAGAUACUCGUGGGGAACAAAGCUGACAUGGAUGAAAGUAAAAGGGCUGUUCCUACGUCGAAAGGUCAAGCACUUGCUGAUGAAUAUGGAAUCAAGUUUUUCGAGACUAGUGCUAAGACAAACAUGAAUGUGGAGGAGGUUUUUUUCUCAAUUGCCAGGGAUAUCAAGCAAAGACUUGCUGAGACUGACUCCAAAACUGAGGCCAUAAGGAUUAACCAACCGGGCCAGACAGAUGGGACGGCCCAAGCUGCCCAAAAAUCAGCUUGCUGUGGCUCUUGA